CUCUCGGGGACAAGGAACCACUGUUUUACAAACAUAGCAUCAACACAGAAGUUAUUUUGUGGGUUUCAGGAUGCAGAUAUGGGCUGUGCUGCCAGCAUUGUUCUGCUUCAAGCCUUUCGCUCUGUGGUACAGAGGAGCUGUCCCCAUAUUUGCACCAGACGGCAAGAGGAUUUGUCACAUGAAAUUGUGCUACAGGAUGAUGUGGAUGUUAUAAGCAGACCAAGAACUCUGAUCAUAAUGCAUGAGAAGCCUAAGCUUCUGGAACCUUUGGAUUAUGAGUCUGCUAUUACCGAGCUAGAAAACAAAUAUUCCAACGAUCCCCUGAAAGAUCUGGUGUUAUUCCCUGAAGAUGACUUCUCAAUAGAAACAAUCCCAUUGGAGAUGCAAACAGUCCUUUCCACGGUGCCUGAAGAAGCUGAACAAAAAGCAACACAUUUAUUAGUGAAAGAGGCCUGCAAAUAUUACAAUUCUCACUGGCAUGUGGUGAAUUACAAGUAUGAGCUGUAUUCUGGGGACUUCCGACAGUUACAACAAAAUUUUUCCAAGACAGAAAAAUUGCCUUCACAUUCCUUUGAAGUUGACCAUGAAGAUGCAGACAAGGAUGAAGAUACAACGUCCCUCUCGUCUUCUAAAGGAGGUGGCGGAGGAGGUGGAUCGGGAGUUUUCAAAUCUGGCUGGCUGUAUAAAGGGAAUUUUAAUAGCACUAUAAACAAUAGCAUUACUGUGCGGUCUUUUAAAAAACGCUUCUUCCAGCUGACGCAGCUGUCGGAUAAUUCUUACAUUAUGAAUUUUUACAAAGAUGAAAAAAUAUCAAAGGAACCAAAAGGAUGUAUUUUUUUAGACUCUUGCACUGGGGUCAUCCAGAAUAAACAGCUUAGAAAGCAUGCCUUUGAGCUGAAAAUGAAUGACCUGACGUACUUCGUGCUGGCAGCUGAAACUGAGCAGGAUAUGGAUGACUGGAUUUCUACUCUUAAUAAAAUUUUGCAAAUAAAUCCCGAAGGAGUCAUUCCAGAAAGGAAAAGCACUGAUCUAACAGAUCAUAAACUUGAUGAUCCAGAAGCCCUUAUGAAUUUUGAAUGUCAUCAGGAAGAAGAAGAUGCCACAGAGAACUCCUUGCACCCUGACCUUGCUAAAUACCUAACAGAAACAGAAGAAAGCAUCAGAUCUGCUAGAAAUGUGGAUCGACUCAAUCUGUUUUCUCUCGACCCAGAUAUAUGUGUAACAAAGCUCCAAAACUCAGCAAGCGACUCUGCAAUCAAACCAUUUGAGGAAAAGACAACUAAGAGGAUUAUGAUAUGUUGCAAAUCCCUCAGUCUAAAUCUUCAAGCCUGUCUCACAGAAAAUGACAAUGAUCCAAUAACAAAUAUUGAGCCUUUCUUUAUGUCAGUGGCUUUAUUUGACAUCAGGGAUGGGAGGAAGAUAUCUGCAGAUUUUCAUACCGAUUUGAACCAUGAUAUUGUCAGACAGCUGAUUUCCAGUUCCACCAGUACUUCCGAAAAUGGAACAACUUCUCAGCUCAUCAAUCAGGGAAAGGAACUGGAAGAACCCCAUAUCCAAGGUUUCCCAGAGAAGUGGCUGCAGUACCCCAGACAGGCUAUUUUUUCAGUAACAAACCCCCAUCCUGAUGUUGUCUUGGUUGUCAGAAUAGAAAAAGUUCUCAUGGGAAACAUUGCCAGCAAUGCUGAUCCAUACAUUAGAAAUGCAGAUUCCUCCAGCAAGUCAACGCAGAAACUACUGAAAUCAACUAAACAGUUCUGUAGUAAAUUGGGAAAAUACAGAAUGCCUUUUGCAUGGUCAAUGAGACCAAUAUUUAAAGAUAACUGUGGAGCCAUCGAUCGAGAAUCCAGAUUCUCCCCUUUGUUCAGACAAGAAAGUAACAAGAUUGCUACAGAAGACCUGUUUAAACUGGUGUCAGAAUACAGAAGGGCUGAGAAGAUUAGUAAAAUACAGAUAAUUCCUGGAAGCUUGGAAAUAUCAAUAGACACUGUUCCCAUGGAACUCCCAAACUGUCUUACCUCAUCUCUAAUACCAAUUAAACCAUUUGGUGAGCUAGAGAAGUACACACCCACAGUGGAAGUGGAAGAGUUUGUUCAAGCGUCAACCAAAUAUUCUCAGCCUUACAGAACCUACAAGAACCAAAUGUAUUUAUAUCCCAAACAUCUCAAGUAUGACAGUCAGAGGUGCUUUAACAAGGCAAGGAACAUAAUGGUGUGUAUUGAAUUUAAGAACUCAGAUGAAGAAGGAAGCCAGCCUCUAAAGUGUAUCUAUGGAAAACCCGGAGGUCAUUUGUUUACAAGAACAGCAUAUACCACAAUCCUUCAUCACUCUCAGAAUCCAGAUUUCUAUGACGAGGUGAAAAUUGAGCUUCCCACUCAACUUCAUGAGAAACAUCACAUUCUGUUUUCAUUCCAUCACGUCACCUGUGAUAUAAAUGCAAAAGCUAAUGCCAAAAAGAAAGAGGCUCUGGAAACCCCAGUUGGAUUUGCAUGGCUGCCCUUAUUCAAAAAUGGACAGCUUACCUCACAAGAUCACCUUAUCCCUGUUGCUACGACUUUGCCUCCAAAAUACUUAGGCUAUGAAGAUUCUAUGUCUGGAAAGCUAAGUGGAAGUGACCUCAAAUGGGUGGAUGGAGGAAAACCACUUUUUAAAGUGUCAACUCUUAUUGUAUCCACCAUAUACACUCAGGAUCCAUAUCUGAAUAGCUUUUUCCAGCAAUGCCAAAAACAACAAAAUGAGCUAUCAAAGCCUACAUCGUCUGACUUCAUGGCUUCCUGUAAGAACUUACUAAAUAUUGAGAAGAUCCAUGUGGUUAUAAACUUUCUUCCUGUUCUACUGAAUCAACUAUUCCAUAUUCUUACACAAAAUAAUGAUGAUGAGGUCAUCACCAUUAUAACCAGGGUCCUUACAGACAUUGUGGCCAAAUGUCAUGAAGAACAAUUGGAGAGUUAUGUCCAUUCCUACAUAAAGUAUGUAUUUAAAACACAAUCACAUGGAAAUCGGACACUCCACGAGGAACUUGCUAAAGGAGUGACAAGUCUCCUAAAGUCAAAUGAAGCAAAUCCAAUAAAGCUUGUGCUUAGGCAUUCCUGGUUUUUCCUUGAAAUAAUUACCAAAUCAAUGGCUCAACAUCUUCAUGACAAUAAUUUAAUGCAGGUUCAUCGGACUAAAAGGUUUCCUGAAUCCUUCCUCACUGAAGUGGAUUCGCUUGUGAUGGGCUUCUCAGAUCACAUCAUCUGGAAAUACAGAGAUGCCGUGGAAGAAACUAGGAAAGCUAAUCUGAGUGUGGCUUGUUUUUUAAAGCGCUGCUUUACAUUUAUGGACCGUGGUGCCAUAUUUAAGAUGAUAAGUUGCCAUAUCAGCAUGUUUAGUCCUGAAGAUCACAAGGAUUUCUGUCAGUACAAGUUUGAGUUUCUCCAGGAGGUCUGCAACCAUGAGCACUUUGUUCCUCUCUGUCUACCCAUACGAUCUGCAAACAUCCCAGACGCAGUUUCCCCUUCAGAUUCCACAAAAGCUUUGCAUGCGUCAGAUAUGCCAGAGUACACCUUAACGGAUGAUUUCUGUCGCAAACAUUUCCUGAUUGGGAUACUACUUAGGGAAAUUGGAUUUGCACUACAAGAAGACCAGGAUAUUCGACAUCUUGCUCUGGCUGCAUUACGAAAUUUGAUGACUAAACAUUCCUUUGAUGACCGUUAUGCUGACAAGGAAAAACAGGCUCAAAUAGCCAUUUUAUAUUUACCUCUCUAUGGUCUACUCUUGGAUAAUAUGCCUCGGAUUUUCAUGAAGUACUUCUUUCCAUUUGGCGUGAAUACAUCAAACCAGGGUUCAAGAGAUGACCUAAGCACUGCUGCCGCAUCUCAGUCCGCUUUGAAACACGCCACUUCUGCAGACACCUCAUUCUCCAAAGAUGUUCUGAACUCCAUAGCUGCUUUUUCAUCCAUCGCUAUCUCAGCAGGAAACAACGCUGACUCAAGGGCAUCCUUAGCCAGCCUUGAAUCAAUUCCUAGCACAAACGAGAAGAACAACGAGAAGGCGGAAAACUGUGAAAAGAUCGCAAGACCUCUGUCACUGAUUGGGUCCACCCUUCGGUUUGACAAACUCGACCAAGCCGAGACAAAAUGUCUGUUGAUGUGCUUCCUUCACAUUAUGAAAAUGAUAUCAGAGGAUAUGUUAAUCUCCUAUUGGCAGAGAGCACCUGACACUGAGAUCUAUGACUUCUUCAGUAUUCUAGAAGUGUGCCUCCAAAACUUCAGGUACCUUGGGAAAAGAAAUAUAAUAAGAAAAAUAACUGCAGCGUUCAAACUCGCCCAAACAUCCCAGAACAACGGGACCCUGAAAGGCUCCAAUUCCUCUUCACAAGCUGGACUCCUAACACAGUGGAUACAUUCUACACACGACGGCCAUAAGCAUCCAAGAUCACAGACGCUGCCCAUUAUACGCGGCAAAAAUGCCCUUUCCAAUCCUAAAUUGCUGCAAAUGAUAGAAUUGACAAGUUCAAUAGCAACAGGUGGAUCCAAUGAGACAGACAUCGUGCAUCAUGUUGAUAUAGAGGGCAACAUUGCCACAGAGGUCUGCAUUACCGUUCUUGAUCUGUUGUGUCUCUUCAAUGACAGCCAUCAGAAAUUACUGCCCUCUGACAACCAGAAUGUUGUGAUGAAGAAGAUUUUUGACACCCACUUACUUUUUUUGCAAAUCAACCAAUCAGCUGCAGCCCUUCGUCACGUCUUUGCUGCCCUGCGGAUGUUCGUGUGCAAGUUUCCCUCUGCAUUCUUUGAAGGCCAGGCUGACCUUUGUGGACCAUUUUGUUAUGAAGUUCUUAAAUGCUGCAACCAUCACUCUCGCUCAACUCAAACUGAAGCCUCUGCGCUUCUUUACUUUUUCAUGAGAAAGAACUUUGACUACAACAAGCAAAAGUCAAUAGUGAGAUCUCAUCUGCAGCUGAUCAAGGCAGUGAGUCAACUGAUUGCGGAUGCAGGAAUUGGAGGCUCUCGCUUUCAGCAUUCGUUGGCAAUUAUCAACAACUUUGCCAAUGGAGACAAACAAAUGAAGAAUACUCAGUUUCCAGCAGAGGUAAAAGAUCUGACCAAGCGCAUCAGGACAGUUUUAAUGGCAACAGCUCAGAUGAAGGAGCAUGAGAAAGACCCUGAGAUGCUGGUGGAUCUUCAGUACAGCUUGGCAAACUCCUACGCGAGUACACCUGAGUUACGGAGAACAUGGCUGGAGAGUAUGGCAAAGAUCCAUGCCAGAAAUGGAGACUUAUCAGAGGCUGCUAUGUGCUACGUCCAUAUUGCCGCACUGAUAGCGGAGUAUUUGAAAAGGAAAGGUUACUGGAAAUGUGAUAGCAGUCAGACUUCAAGCUUGGCGCAGGAAGAUGCCCAAAGCCCUGGUUAUAACCUAUUACUAACAUCUGCCAAUGGAAAAUGCACAUUUUCCAUGGGAUGGCCAGCCUUUCAGACCAUUACCCCAAACAUCAAGGAAGAAGGGGCAAUGAAAGAGGAUUCAGGGAUGCAGGACACUCCAUACAGUGAGAGCACUCUUGUGGAACAGUUGGAUCUGUGUGUGGACUAUCUGUGGAAGUCCGAACGCUACGAGCUGAUUGCUGAUGUCAGCAAGCCAGUUAUUGCGGUGUUUGAGAAGCAACGAGACUUCAAAAGGCUGUCAGAGUUGUACUAUCGUAUUCAUCGUUCUUAUCUGAAAAUCGCAGAAGUUGUGAACGCAGAAAAGCGGUUAUUUGGCCGAUACUAUCGGGUUGCCUUCUACGGUCAGGGCUUCUUUGAAGAAGAAGAAGGCAAAGAAUAUGUCUACAAAGAACCCAAACUGACAGGGCUCUCAGAAAUAUCGCAGCGGCUGCUCAAGUUGUAUGCCGACAAAUUUGGAGCGGACAAUGUCAAGAUCAUUCAGGAUUCCAACAAGGUGAACCCUAAGGAUCUGGACUCAAAGUUUGCCUACAUCCAGGUUACAUACGUAACGCCGUACUUUGACGAAAAGGAAACGGAGGACAGAAAAACUGAUUUUGAAAGACAUCACAAUAUCAACAGAUUUGUGUUUGAAACGCCAUUCACGCUGUCAGGAAAGAAGCACGGCGGGGUGGAGGAGCAAUGCAAGAGAAGAACCAUCCUUACAACUAGCCAUUCAUUCCCUUACGUCAAGAAAAGGAUACAGGUUGUAAAACAAACAAGCACAGAAUUGAACCCUAUUGAAGUUGCAAUUGAUGAAAUGUCUAAAAAAGUUUUGGAACUUCAACAACUCUGCUUGAUGGAAGGUGUAGACAUGAUAAGGUUACAGCUUAAACUCCAAGGGAGCGUCAGUGUGAAGGUAAAUGCUGGACCAAUGGCAUAUGCGAGAGCCUUUUUAACAGAGACAAAUGCCAAUAACUAUCCAGAGAGUCAAGUAAAGCAUCUCAAAGACAUCUUCAGACAAUUUGCAGACACCUGUGGGCUCGCUCUGGAAGUCAAUGAGCGGCUUAUAAAAGAGGACCAGCUUGAGUAUCAAGAAGAAAUGAAAUCUCAUUAUAGAGACAUCCUUGCAGAGCUCUCUGAAGUCAUGAACGAGCCGAUGACGUACAAGGAGGAUCCAACAAAGCAUCAAGGAGCCGAGAAACAAUGUGUUCUUCGAUCAAUUAGUAGGACAAACACCGUCCUUCAGAACACAUGAUGAAAGCUUUUUGUUGUUUUUUUUUUAAUUAUUAUUAUCUCUAGAAUGGACCUCGUGUCACAGGCUGACCGGUCUUUGCAAUUCCAGUACAGUAUAAGGAAUAUGCCUCUUUGAAGUUUAGCUAGUAUUUUUAAUUUAUUUUAAAUUGUCACUGCUGAUAAUUCUGGAAGUGCUAAAGUGAUCAUUGUGAAUUCACAAAUGCAAAGGUAGUAAUUAUACCUUUAUUAAAAAUGGGGCAUUGUUUUGGUCCAAAUGGGCACUUCAUUUGAAAUGUCUUUUUUUCAUGCUAAUUCUAAUAUUUUAUCUCCUACUCAUAUUUUAAGAGUCAUAAUCCUAUGUUUUAUAAUAAGCAUAUUUACAAUGGAACUUGUACAUAGAAGAUGUGUAAAAUUGGUCAUUUUUAUAGAACUGAGAAUGUUUACUUCAUACCCGUAAUAACUAAGAGUAUAUAGAAAUCAUUAUACAAAAAUCUAUUAAAGUAUUUGUCAGUGUG